AUGUCGUCGUUUUUCACUGUCCCAAAUUCCCAGCGCAAGCGGAAGAGAGACGACCGCGCUGCACCACCGGGAUCGAAAAAGAGAGGCGUGGACGCCAAAACCGACAGCGGUCGACGGAAAGAGAGAGAAGAUUCAAUCUCUGGAAGUGAUUUGGAUGACGCUGCUGGAAUCGACUCGGCAGAGUCAGGCGACGAGAGUGGAUCGGACUCGGAAGGCGAAACCGCAGCGGAUCGAAGAUUGAAACUCGCUGAACGCUACCUGGACAACAUCAAAGGAGAAGUCGACGAAGCUGGUUUCGAUGCGGCAGAUAUUGAUCGGGACCUGAUCGCAGAGCGACUCAAGAAGGACGUUGACGAGUUCAAAGGGCGGACGUUUCGUCAAAUUGCUGCGAAACUAUCCAUUCCCACGGCGUCCCAUUCAUUUUUCCGCUCCGAUACCCAGUCAACCACCAACAUCGCAGUUCACCCCCCAUUUGUCUACACUGUUUCUAAGGAUAAGACUUUGACCAAAUGGGAAUUGGCUACACCCACUGUACCGGCAGCAGAAGAAACGAGCGGUGAUAACGAUACCUCCAAGCGACCCCCGCGUCCCCAGCGGAAGAAGCCCAAGCGCGUGAGCUAUGCUCGGGGUAUGCGCAAAGUGAGCGAAUCAACUGAAGAGCAGGGACACACUGGUUCCAUUCUAUCCGUUGCUGUCUCUCCUUCUGGAAAAUUCGUGGCCACCGGUGGAGCGGACAACAAACUUGUCAUUUGGGAUGCAGAGACAUUGACCCCCACCAGGACAUUUUUGCAACACAGGGACUCAAUUUGCAGUCUCGCUUUUGCGCGCCAUAUCUCUACCAUGAGCUCUGGAGAGCAAUUGUUCUCUGGUUCGUACGAUCGCACAAUUAAAACCUGGUCUAUCAGCGGAGCAGGCCACGCCUACGUUGAAACACUAUUCGGUCACCAGGACCAUGUCACUGGAGUUGCUGCUAUGACCAUCGAUGAAUGUGUCAGUGUCGGUGCUCGGGAUCGCACAGCCCGAUUGUGGAAGGUUGUCGACGAAACACAGCUUGUGUUCCGUGGUGGUGCAUCAAGAAGCGCCCCUUACCAUGAAAGCAAUAUCGAUUGCAUUGCCCCCCUUCCUCCCAACCACUUCGUUACUGGGUCAGACUCUGGCUCUAUCUCGCUCUGGUCAAUUCACAAGAAGAAGCCACUUUACACUGUCCGCCAGGCCCAUGGCUUGGACCCGGUUCCCCCUCUGGAUGUUCUAUCACCCGAAUUAGAUGAGAAGAUCGCUGCUCAUAAUGCGCGGCACAUGCGCCCCACGCCCCGGUGGAUCACCGCGCUCACUACUCUCCCUGGUACCGAUGUUGUCCUCAGUGGAAGCUGGGACGGUUGGAUCCGCGCAUGGCGCAUCUCAGACGAUAAAAAAAGCAUCAUCCCUCUGGGCCCCAUCGGUGCAGGCCGUCUUGGCGAUGUCACUCCAGACACACCAUCCCAGCAACUCAACCAGACCCUUGCACUUGAUGCCACCCCAGAGUUGGAACAAAAGGAGCCAGAGCCUUUGAUCAAGGGUGUUAUCAACGAUAUUGCUGUCUUUGAAAGACGCCCUGAAUCUGACCUGCCUGGUGCCGAUGCGAAAUCUAAGGAGGCUUGCAAGAAUGAACCUCGUGGUGUAUCCAUCGUUGCCGCAGUCGGCAAAGAACACCGCCUGGCUCGCUGGAAGUGUUUUGACAAUACCUUCUAUGAGGGGCCUACUUCUGGCGGCCGCAACGGUGCUGUCGUGUUUGAAGUUCCAUUCACCACUAAUGAUCCUGUGGCGGCUGGUGUAUAA